AUGGACUCAAGUCAUCUCUGGGCCUGGCUAGGCCUCGCCGCCGUGGGAGGCGUGCUCUAUGUCGCCGGUAUCGUCGUGUACCGCAUCUUCUUCCAUCCUCUGGCAAAGUAUCCAGGACCGUUCAUCGCAAAGGUCACGGAUGGGUACCAGCUCUAUCACGCCUGGAAUGGCGAUAGACAUCUCGACUUCUACAAGCUUCACAAGCAAUACGGCAAAAUCGUCCGCUUCGGGCCCAACUCAGUUUCCUUCAACUCCGCCACGGCUCUCAAGGAAAUCUACGGCUUCCGCUCCAACGUCGGCAAGGCAGAGUUCUACAACGCCUUCGUCCACCCGGCGCCCAACACUCACAACGCCCGCGACAAGGACGUCCACGCCCGUAAGCGCCGCGUCCUCGCCCACGGCUUCUCCGACUCGGCCAUGAAGGAGAUGGAGCGCUACAUCAUCGGCAACGUGCGCUCCUUCACCGCCGAGAUCGGUCGCGGCGCGUCCGCCGAGACAAAGGGGUGGUCGACGCCCAAGAAUAUGACGGACUGGUGUAAUUACCUCGCCAUGGAUAUCUUGGGAGACUUGUCGUUUGGAAAAGCGUUUCAUAUGCUCGAGGCGCCGGAUAACCGGUUUGCGUUGGACUUGAUCGCUGCGGCGACCAAGAGGCAUCUUCUUUGCGGUACCAUGCCCAUCGUCGACAAGCUCAAGCUCGACAAGCUCCUCUUCCCGACCAUUGCGGCUGGACGCGCGCGGUAUAUGGCCUACAGCAAGGCGCAGCUGACGGAGCGGACGAAGCUUGGCGAAGAUACCGAUCGACGCGACUUCUUCUACUACCUCCUCAAGGCGCGUGACCCGGAGACUGGACUGGGCUUCUCGACGCCAGAGCUCUGGGGCGAGUCGAACCUGCUCAUCAUCGCCGGCGCCGACACCACGUCAACAGCCAUGGCAGCGACCCUCUUCUACCUUUCCCGCAACCCUGCGGCGCUCCAGCGCGCAACAGCCGAGAUUCGCAGCAAGUUCUCCGAAGUCGAGGAAAUCCGUCAAGGCGCGACAAUCAACACAUGCACCUACCUCCGCGCUUGCAUAGACGAAGCGAUGCGCCUGUCCCCCUCCGUCGGUGGCCUGCUCCCGCGUGAGGUUCUCGCAGGCGGCAUGACCAUUGACGGCGCGCAUAUUCCCGCCGGAACCGUCGUUGGCACACCGCACUACACGAUCCACCACAACGAGGACUACUUCCCCUCAGCGUACGACUACGUUCCCGAGCGAUGGAUUGUCGGCGCGGCAAACCCGUUGUUUGGGGGCAGAGAGACGACCGAGGCCGACACGGCGAGGGCGCAGAGCGCGUUUUGUCCGUUCUCGAUUGGAGCCAGAGGAUGUAUUGGCAAGGGGCUCGCGUAUGCUGAGAUGUCGACCGCAUUGGCGAGGACGUUGUUCUUGUACGACGUGCGCAAGGCGGUGGGCGUACUUGACCCGGCUGAGGGACGCGCAGAUUUGGAUGAGGGCCGGAGGCGGGUCUCGGAGAUGCAGUUAUACGACACAUUUACGAGUAUGAAGGAUGGACCGUUGUUGGAGUUCAGGGCGAGGGCGUGA